AUGACGACUAGUAGUAAAUCAUUUUGGCCUAUUGUGGCAGCAGUUGGUCUUGGUGUUGGAUUUGUUGGUUACUGUAUUUAUUUCGAUCAAAAACGACGAAAUGCUCCUGAAUUUCGUGAAAAAUUGAAAGCUAAACGAAAAAAACAAAAACAACAUACAUCUCAUUCAAAUGAAGAUUUUACAAUUGAUUCCAGUAAUCCAGAAGAAAUGCGUCGUUAUUUUCUCGAACAAAUUCAACGUGGUGAAGAUUGUUUAUCUCGCGGUGAUCUUGAUAAUGGUGUUGAUCAUCUUGCAAAAGCAGUUGCUGUAUGUAGUCAACCUCAAAGUUUGAUGUCAUUAUUUCAACAAACAUUACCACCAGAAUUAUUCCAAGAGAUAAUUAUGCGUUUACCACGCGUUGCUCAAUCAGUACAUGGUGCAUCUUCGUCAAGUUUUGGUGGUGGUGCAAUUAUCACUGAACCUGACUUAGAAUAG